UAUUCCACCCACCUUCUCCCCACGUUCCCUUCCACAAUUAUGCUUCCCUCUUCCCCUGGGGAUAGUAAAAGCAAAGACCAAUUCCACUCAAAAAAGAGAGACCCAUGGGAAUGACUCCCAUGCUUUCCAUCUUCCACUUCCUCCUCCUUUCCCUCUCCUUCUCCCCCUUAUUAGCCGCCGCAGCGAAUCAAUCAAAAAACGACGCCACGCCGUUCGUCGGCGUCAACAUCGGCACCGACGUCUCCAACCUCUUCCCGCCGGAAGAUCUGGUGGCCUUCUUGAAGUCCCAGCAGAUCACCCACAUCCGCCUCUACGACGCCGACACGGCACUCCUCGCCGCCCUCUCCGGCACCGGCAUCCGCGUCGUCCUCGGCGUGCCCAACAACCAGCUCCUCGCCCUGGGCUCCUCCAACGCCACCGCCGCCUCCUGGAUCGCCCGCUACGUCCUCCCCUUCCACCCCUCCACCGUCAUCUCCGCCAUCGCCGUCGGCGACGAGGUCCCCGCCUCCGUCCCCUACUCCCUCCCCCUCGUCCUCCCCGCCCUCCGCUCCCUCUCCUCCGCCCUUAAUUCCUCCAACCUCUCCUCCUCCGCUCCUCCCAUCAAGCUCUCCACCCCUCUCCCCUUCUCCGUCAUCCUCGAUCCCUUCCCCCCUUCCCAAGCCUUCUUCAACCAGACCCUCGCCUCCUCCUUCCUCGUUCCCCUGAUCCAGUUCCUCUCCGACACCGAUUCCCCUCUCAUGCUCAACCUCUACCCCUAUUACGCCUUCAUGCAGAGCCGGAGCGUCAUCCCCAUCGACAAUGCUCUAUUCAAACCCCUCCCACCGUCGCUCGAGGAGGUCGAUCCAAACACACUCCUCCACUACACCAACGUGUUCGACGCCAUGAUCGACGCCGCUUACUUCUCGAUGAAAAACGUCAACUUCACCAAUGUCACCGUUCUCAUCACCGAGACGGGCUGGCCCUCCAACGGCUCCCGCAAGGACGAACCCUUCGCCACCAAAGACAACGCCGACACCUACAACUCCAAUCUCAUCAAGCACAUCCUCGACCGCUCCGGGACGCCGCUCCACCCGGAGGUCACUUCGAGCGUCUACAUCUACGAGCUGUUCAACGAGGAUUUGAGCCCGGGGCCGGUGUCGGAGGGGAAUUGGGGGCUCUUCUACGGAAACGGCACACCGGUGUACUUGCUUCAUGUGGCGGGGAGCGGCGGGUUCCUGGCGAACGACACGACGAACCGGACGUACUGCGUGGCGGCGGAGGGGGCCGACGGGAAGGCGCUGCAGGCGGCGCUGGACUGGGCGUGCGGGCCGGGGCGGGCGAAUUGCUCGGAGAUACAGCCCGGGGAGAGCUGCUACGAGCCCAACAAUGUGAGGAACCACGCAUCGUAUGCUUUCGAUAGCUACUACCAGAAGGAGGGGAAGGGGGCCGGAUCGUGCUACUUCCAGGGGGUGGCAAUGGUCACCACCACCGAUCCCAGUCAUGGGGAUUGCAUCUUUCCUGGAAGCAAGCAAGAGAGGAACAUCACCAAGGCAGGAAUCAAUGCAACUGAGACCAGUAAGGCUGAGGGAUACACCAGACUGAGACCAAGAAAAAGAUGGGAUGAGGGCCUCCACAUUCUUUCCAUGGUCGUGAGCAUGACGGUGGUGGUUACUUUCUCCACCUCCAACUUCUGGACUUGAUGGCAGGCAACAAAGAAGAAAUGGAGCCUCUGACAAAUUCGCCAAAAGAGUCGAACCACGUUCAUUCUCUUCAUCAAUUUUGUAAAAGCUCAUAAUUUAUGAACAUCUUCCUCGUUAUUCAUUUGUAAUAUUAUUUCCUCUCUCAAUAAUUUUUUUUUAUUGCUAUA